CGUUAUUCCGGGUGGACGGUGACAGGUCGCGUGCUCGCUCCAGGAGCGAGAGUGCAGCCGAAGGACGCGCAUCUCUCCGUCUUGCUCCGCGCGUCUCGCGGAAUAGAGAGGGAGAGAGAGAGGGCGAGAGGAGCCGGUGAAAGGGGAAGGGAGAGAGGGGAAUAGAAAGAGACGGACGCGCGGCUCGGCGAGCGGUCGUUCAAAAAUUUCACCCGGGUCGCGUGCGUGUUCAUCCGGUUCGGUACAUUUUAUCCGCCGCACGAAUUUGUCAUUGUUUAUUACGCUGCCAGUGUCUCAUUGUUGUGGUUGUCGUCGGCAUUCGUGCGAAUUAAAAAUCGGUGAGCGCGCCGGCUGUUCGGGCUCCUCUCGCUCCUCGGCUCUCCGUGCGUCUGCCGCGUGCGAAAUUCGCGAACUCGCAAGAGUUCCUGGGAGAAGAAGCUCCUGCGGCCUUUCUCGUCCGCCUCCUCCGAGAGCGUGUCGUCCGAUUCUAGACUUUCUGAGGAACCGGCGUCCCCGUCAGCGAUUCUGUCGAAAUGCGACGCACCGGUCGCGUCAGGUGACUAAUUCCGACCGUAUCCGGGACACUUCUGGGAUGUGUCAAGAUAGUUUUCGGACAAGGUCGGACAAUAGCAUAAGUAUCCCUUCUCUUCGGCCGAUUUCUCUCUCAACCUGUAGAUACUCGCGCAACCUUUACAGUCGAUGUUUACAGGCGGUUUAAACGAUAAUUCUCGGAGUGUGCGUUCCGCGGAAACUUGCACGACGUGAAGAAUCCGAAGGGAAAUAAUUCAUACGGCGAGGUAAAAUAUUUCUAAUUAAUACGAUUGCUUGAUCUGGCUUCCGGGCUGUAGCUGCCUUUAAUUAGGAUAACUUGUUCCUCGGGAUCUGUCGAAUCGAAAUACGACGUAAGGAGACCGAUCCAAUUUUCAAUGCACGAAUCACAAUUGUUUUUUGCCCGUGUGUCAAAAGCACGCUUGAAAACCGAUGUGCAUUCAUAGUCAGGUCAUAUAUAUAAGAUUGUCUUAAGUUCAUCUUCAGAUGCUGUACGACCCAUUUGAUUGGUUACGAAACAUCUAACUGAAUACCGGCUUUAAUGUCCGCGAUUGAAAUAAAUUUUUCUAUUCUUGAUACAAAUCCAUAAAAAUAAUCGAUAGUCAUCGAUCUUGCAUGUGUAAACGCACUCAAAGCUGAAAAAGAAAAACAUUAAGAAAAGCGAAACGUUAGGAGGCGGGCGGACGAGGAGGACUCUAUCGAUCUUUGUAUACAUUGUGUUUGAGCGAUGACGACGAAGUCUCGAUUUACGAUUACGGUUUUUCGAUAUUUCUCCACGCCGCAAGUCGCCGACUCGCUCGGAGGACACUUGAUCGGCGUAAAAACAUAAGUAGAAUUCGGUGUGUUCCCUCGCGAAAAAAGAAGCACAUUUGCGGUGCAUUGUCGUUUGUAUCGACUCGACUGAUGUUGAACGUGCGCCAAGCGCGAAAAAGUCGAGACUCGAAGAACGGGGACACGCUACGAGCGUCAUUUGAAAAUUAAAGCGAUACUUCUGUCCGGGCGGUGCCGGGUAAACAUUAGUUAUGAGAGUGACAUCUUGGUUAACCCGUUCAAUUUUUCACGCCCGGCGCACGAAACACACGCGCGUGCGCAGUCCUUCCUUGCGGGAGAACGCUCUCUCGUUUGCGCGUGAAAUUUGUUGAUGAUAACGAAUCGGUCGGGGAAGAUAUCGAGUGCACUUUAUCGCGAAUUCCGCGAGUGUGAAAAGCGAGUUCAAAUGGAGUGUUGAUGAAGCUCUUUAUCGGAUUCGGGCGAUAAAUAUUUUAUGCCGUGUGCUCGGCUGCGAAAAUUCGCAUUUGACUGCAUUUGACGACAUUUGUCCUCGAUAUUCGCCGGGAAAUCUUUGUGGACGAAUAAUAUUAUUUGAUUAUUAUAUUCUCGUUCUCUGUUUUCGGUGUAUUAUUUCGGCGUGUCCCGGCUUUGUUAUUGCCAAUUCAUCGCGGCACGCUCGUUUACAUGUCUAAUCACGAUCGUAAACGGGAAUGAUUGUCCGUCUAUCAAUUACUCGCGACGAUAAGAAUCCGCGAACGCGUUUAAUUAGAGACAGAGGAACGUGGUAAUUACGAAAUGCGCGAGUAAAUCUGCGAAAUGUGAACGAAUCAAUUUCGCGCGCUCCUGUAUAUUUUUUCGGUACAUCAGAGGGCGCGCGCGCGCGCCGUUACACGUUACAUUAAUAUUAUUUUAAUGUUAACUUUUACUCCAAUAUCAACCCGUUUAACAUGCAAAAUUAAAUUUAAUUGGUCAGAUUUCAAUUCGAUCUCAAUCCUAAUCCGUGACACGGGCAUAGAUCUAGUCUUUAAAGCUCUCGCAAGGGGGCGUUCUCUGUGCAUACAAAAAUUUAUGCGCGGUACGCCUGGGAAAGAAAAGCGACGGAGCCAUCUUGGAAUUUCGCGCGCGGAGUUUUCGGCGGAGUCGCGCGGGUGAAGAUACCGGUUGCUUUUCGGCGAGAGACACAAGUCGACACAGUCUAGUUACAUCAUCAAUCGUCCUUAUUUGGCGGAGAAAAGGAUAGCAAAUGGUGUAACGAGACUUGUGUGUGUGUGUGUGUGUCUCUCGGUGGAGAGUAACUUUCGUGUCGCGAGCGGUUAUCGCCGGCAGUCGUUUCUUACGCAGCACACCACAUCCGAGGAGCAUUCUGGGAACGUCCUUGGGACGAGGCUGGUGCUCGUCCCGCUGGACUCCUGGCAUGGAAUGAUCCACUCGCCGUAACUCUUCCCACGCAGAACGCGAGAAGCCGAGGGCUCUACGAGGAGAUGACGGGCAUACGCGUGGAACGAGUCGCCGCUCGGGACGAAUGCGGGAAUCGGGCGUACCUGAGACAACCGAUAGGAAAUUGGCAGCACUGCAAGACCGAGACUGCAUCGAGUCGAGGGCUACACCAGGAAUCGUUGCCGAGGAAGCGAGCAACUCUGCUGGCGAUUUGUCUUCUGGUCACUUGCACGGCGGGUAACAACGUGAACGAGCCACCCAUCCUGGAGGCCGCGGGAUACCCGACGGGCCUGCCGCUCUCGGAAUCGACCAAGGUCGGCACGGAAGUGUUCGUCCUGAAGGGCCACGAUCCCGAAGGAUCGCCGGUGAAAUAUGGCAUACAACUCACGGACCAUUUCCUCGUCAAUCCGCGCAGCGGUGUCAUCACUCUGGCAAAGCCGCUCAAUCGCGAGGAGAACGACACGAUACGCUUCCGAGUGACCCUGGAGGACGAGGUGCCCGCGGGACAGCAGCCCAACAUCGUCGGCGUGGACGCGUACGUGAUCGUGCUGGACGAGAACGACAAUCCGCCGCACUUCCUCGGGGUGCCAUACGAAGCGGUGGCGGAGGAGGACACCCCGGUCGGCUCCACCAUACUGCCUGGUAUCCGAGUCGUUGACCCUGACCUACUGGGCGAGGUCAUAGAUUUAACGUGUGUCCCACAGCCACAGUUCCUGGAUGCCUGCGAGAAGUUCGGCAUCGUCAACGUCGAGAGGAGCCAGAAUACAUACGUGGGCGCCCUGGUGCUCAAGCAACCCCUCGACUAUCGAGAGAGGCCUUUCUACCAGUUACUGCUGCGAGCAAGCGAUGGCUUGAACAACGGGACCACCGGCGUGGAGAUCAAAGUAGCGGACAUUCAGAACAGUCCGCCGGAAUUCCUGGACUCGCUGACGGGCGUAGUUCGCGAAGACGAUCCCAUCGGCACCCUCGUGAUGACUGUGAAGGCCCGGGACGGCGACAGGGGUAUGCCGCGAAAGAUGAUCUACGAAUUGGUCACCAACCCGUUCGAUUAUUUUUUGCUGGAUGACGACACGGGCGAGCUGAGGACGGCGAAACCACUGGACAGGGAAGCAUUGGAGAACUCGACGGGCGUACUCACAUUAAUUGUGAAGGCCCGCGAGUUGAUCGAUGGUAUACCGGGCAACGAUAAAUUGACGGUAUCGACGGCCGAAGCCACCGUCACGAUUAAGGACGUCAAUGACGAGCCACCCACGUUCAAUCGGCGCGAGUACAACAUCGAGAUCCCGGAAAACGUGCCGGACGGCACGCCGUUACCGCACUUAGACAUGACCGUUAAAGAUCCGGAUGUGGGUUUAAACUCCGUGUUCUCCCUGCGACUAGAAGAUAUAACGGGCGCGUUCACAGUGGAACCGGUGCUGGCAACCGGAAGCACAUCUGUGAACAUCCGCGUUACGAAUGGCUCGCUCGACUACGAAAAUCCUAAUCAACGGAAAUUUAUUAUUCUGGUCGUCGCCGAGGAAGUUCACACGAACCCGAAGCUGUCGUCCACGGCAACGGUAACGAUCGCCAUCACGGAUGCAAACGACAACGCACCCUCCUUUGGGAGCCCCACGUACACAUCCACAGUGUCCGAGACGGCACCACCGGGGAGCCCAAUUAUAACGAUCAUGGCCAGAGAUCGCGACAGCGGACGCUUCGGCACCGCCGGCAUAGUCUAUCAAUUACUCGGCCAGGGCGCGGAACACUUUGCCAUCGACAGGAAAACCGGCACCAUCACCGUCGCGCCAUGCCUGACGCCCGGCUCGUCGCCGUGCCUCGAUUACGAGCAGCAGACGGAAUACUUCCUCACCUAUAAGGCGACGGAUGACAACGGGGAGGGGCAAACGACGAGCGUUUCAUUGCGCAUCACCGUGGCGGACGCGAACGACAGUCCGCCGCGUUUCCUGCAGGACAAGUAUCGCGCGGUGGUGGACGAGGGCGCGGAAAAAUUCGAGCCCGAGCUGAAGGUGCAGGCGCGCGACAAGGACAAGACGUCCAAGAUCACGUACGCCCUGGUGGGCGGUAACGAGCUGGGGAUGUUCACUGUCGAUCCGGACAGCGGCGAGAUCACCAUCAGGAGCCCGGUGGACAUGACCAACGCCACUCAUGAUUGGAUUGCCUUAACGAUACAAGCGAGCGACGGCAUAUUCGUCGACUCCGCACUCGUCAACAUCACCGUCCGUGACGUUAACAACAACGCGCCCGUGUUCCCGCAUGAUAUAUACACAGCGAGCAUCCCGGAAAUAUCGCCGAUAGGAACUGUCGUAGAGGAGGUAACCGCGACGGACGCCGACAGUGGGGUGAAUGCAGAGCUGGUGUACCGAAUACAGAAAGGUGCUUUCGACGACUUCGCCAUAAAUGAGACCACCGGUGUCGUUACUGUGUCCAGAAAGUUGGAUUACGACGAGAAGAAUACAUAUCACGUAGAAGUAAUAGCGUUUGACAAAGGGACGCCGAGUCUGACCGGAACCACGACACUGAUGAUCGAGGUGGAGAACAGCAACGACAAGGCCCCGUAUUUUACGCCGGAGACGCAACGAGCCGAAGUCACCGAGGACACGCCGAUCGGCACCGUCUUCACAACGUUGAAAGCCACCGACCCGGACAGCACGAAUCUCGAAGCUCUGAACUUCGCCAUUUCUGAGCCGAUCACGGCUAUCGACAGGAACGGCCAACGAGUUAACGACAGCAAAUCUUUCAAGGACUUCUUCGCGGUUGAUCGCGCUACCGGCCAGGUUUCCGUCGUUCGGGCGCUCGAUCGCGACAUCGCCGCCACGGUGAGCGUCACGAUCGUAGUCAGCGACACCACCGCACCCACGCUGCAACAAGGACGAGGUAAACUGGUGAUCACUAUCAUCGACGUGAACCACAUGGCGCCGGAAUUCUUGAAGCCGUGGACCCGCGAGAAUCCUCGCUACCUGAUAGAGAUGCAGGAGGAGCAGCCCACGGGUGCCAUUGUCGGCGCCUUCACGGCGACGGACGCUGACAGCAACAUCGCAGGAUACGUCAUCGAUCCGCCGAGUCCUUACUUCAAUAUCGAUAAUAUUACCGGAAUCGUAAGAACCAGCCAGGUGAUCGAUUACGAGGAGACGAAGCAACUGGAGUUCACGGUGAUCGCCUAUGACUCCGGAGUGCCUCAGCUUUCCGCGACCGCGAAAGUCACCGUUACCGUGAUAAAUGUGAACGAUCAGGACCCGAAGUUCGAGAAGGAGCUGUACAAUGCGUCGGUGAAGGAGAAUUCUCCGCCUGGCACUCGCGUUAUCGUCGUGAAAGCCACGGACGACGACGAGGGAUCGUUCGGCGACGUCAGUUACAACCUGAUUGGCGAGCACGCCUCUGACUUUAAUAUCGGGCACGAAACCGGGGAGAUCACCGUGGGCGGUGCCACGGUCCUCGAUAGGGAGAUGACGCCGGAAAUCACAAUAACGGUGAUGGCCAGCGACGGCGCCCAUGUCAAUGUUCGACGUAGCACCACCGUGCCCGUAGUUGUCAAACUAAUCGACGUGAACGACAACCGACCGAUAUUCUCGCAACACAGUUAUAGAGCAUCGGUCGCGGAGAAUUUAUCCGUUAACCCGCCAGCGCCCAUUUUGCAGGUACGAGCGGUGGAUCAAGACGAAGGGAUCAACGGCGAGGUUUGGUACACGAUCGUCAACGGGAACGAGAACGAGUCAUUUUCGUUGAACCGCGAAACCGGCAUUCUGUAUCCGGCGGCCGCCCUCCUCGGCAGGGCCGGUUCCUACAGAAUCGAGGUGGAAGCGCGCGACGGCGCCGGAAACGGGCCGCACUCGGACAGGUGUUACGUCGACGUCAGGGUCACACCUGUGAACCAGCAUAAGCCGCAGUUCAUAAUGCCGGAAUUAACGAACGCAACCGUUGAGGUACCAGAGAACGCAGGUGUCCCGAAUUACUUAAUAUUGACUGUGAAAGCAAUCGACAGAGACCCCGGGGAGAACGGCCGCGUCAGCUAUCACCUGAAGGUCGGCAACAGAAACGUUCAGGAGACCGAGGAAUUUUCUAUUGAUCAGGAGACCGGGGAGCUUCGAUCGAAAAUCAUCCUCGAUCGCGAGAUCAAAAGCAAGUUCGAGCUUGUCCUCGUGGCGACCGAUCAUGGCAGUCCUACGGCAUACGAGACUCUUCGGCUGUUAACGGUUCAGUUAGUCGAUACGAACGAUAACGUGCCGCAGUUCUACGAGGAGUAUAAUUUUCACGUGUCGGAGAAUCGGCCCAAAGACUAUUUCGUUGGCAAAGUGACGGCGGAAGACAAGGACGAAGGCAGGCACGCCAAAAUUUAUUAUUAUAUAGAAUCUGGAAACGAAGGGUACGCGUUCUACAUGGACAAGUCCGACGGCAGCAUUUACGCGAACAAAUCGUUCGACCGCGAGACGCGGGACAAGUACCUGCUCACCAUCCUCGCGUCCAACGAUCCCGAUCUCUACGUGAACCCCACGCAAUCCGGCCGGCCGUUGACGCGCAACCCGGAGCACGGACACGCGAACGUGACGAUCGUCGUGCUGGACGAGAACGACAAUCCGCCGAUCUUCGAGCGCAACGACUAUUACGCCGGUGUGAACUCCAUGGCGAACAUAAACGACUUCGUGACGAAGGUGACCGCGUCGGACUUGGAUAUCGGCGACAACGGCACCCUGCAUUACUACGUCGCCGGCGCGAAUCUCUACAAGUACGGAUCGGACAAGCCGAGCGGAUCGAUCGUGCCGAGCCCGUUCAACGUCACGCAGGACGGGAAACUCGUCACGAGCGGAUACAUGGCGGAAUACAAUCAGGACAGAUUUAUCGUCGAAGUCAUCGCUAAAGAGACCGCCAUCCCGGAGAGAUACGCGAUGACCAGGGUUCACGUGUGGGUAUUCGAGCCGUCUCAGUUGAUACGAGUGAUAUUAUCCCGGCCGCCAGAGGAGGUGAACAGCGAGCGCGACGAGAUCGUCUCGGAAUUGUCCAACGCUACGCAGAGCAGAGUGGUGGUGGACGACAUCAGGUACCACGUUGACGCCUCGGGACACAUACGCAGAGAAUGGUGCGACAUGUAUUUGCACGUUGUCGAGCCGAAGACUCAAACCAUCGCGCCGAUUCCCCACGUACUCAAAGUCAUCGACGCAAAGUACGAUUUCUUGAAGCACUACUACGCCGGAUUCGCCAUUGAGAACGUUGUGCCUGCGUACGCCGGGGUUCAAGAGGAGCCGUUUGACCCCGCACUUGCUGCUCUGAUAGCUCUCUUAGUCGUUUUGCUCGUCGGAGCGGUCACCGUUACAGUAGUUUGUUGUUGUUUACGCCACUGGGUAAUAACCGUUCCGAACGAUAUACGUAAGAAGGACGGCCUAAUUAAGAAGCAGAUCAUUGACGAGCUGAACACGACGGAGAACCCUCUGUGGAUCGAGCAGAAAUUGAAGCUGUACGAGGAGCAGGAAUUAACGAUGCAAGUGUUCAGUGAGCCCGACAGCGGCCUCGGCGACGAGAGACGCGGCAGUGGCGUGAGCGUCGGCAUGGGUGACACGUCUCAGGACAACACGUACGCCACGAUACAGCAUCCUUUGCCGGCGAACAGGCAUCGUCCGACCACGCCGGACUACACGACGCUUCCGGGGAAUCACAAUUUAUACGAAUCGGCAAUGGGUUUCCAAGGAUCAACGUUCCAGCCAUCCCCGAACGUGAUGCCGCAGCUCACGCUCGAUCGGGACGGCCAGCCGCAAUUCGUCUCGGGGCUGGUGUAAAUCGACUACUCUUCGAUACACAGAGCGCACCUCUUCAACAGCCUGCCCCCCCUUCGCCCCUUUCUAUCUCUAAAUACGAUCGCUCCGUCGCCGUACGUUGUACCUCUUUGUCCGCGGCUCUUUUCUACUGCACGCGCGCGUCUCACCGAAGCGAACGGGCGACUCGCAUGCACACACCUCUCAUUGACAAUAACCGGGUUAAUAUGGUCGGGUUUGUCUUGCGAGUGGACGCGUGUGACGAGAAGAGCGACAUUCACAUACACCACCAAAAACAAAAUGGGAUUUCACCCGACGACUCGCCGCCCCUACGUGUGCGUGUGACUUCCUUGUCAUUUCACGGCUCGAGAACUCUUCCCGCUUGAAGGAGAGAGAGAGAGAGAGAGAGAGAGAGAGAGAGAGAGAGAGAGAGAGAGAGAGANAGAGAGAGAGAGAGAGAGAGAGAGAGAGAGAGAGAGAGAGCAUGUGCGCGAAAGACUCAAGAUGAAGAGUGACGACGAACGACAGUCAAUAUUAAUGGAGUAAAUUAAAUCCCUGUAGCUGGUGUUUGCAUGUAUAUAUGUGUACGUUGCCAACCUGGAGUCCCGUCUGUCUGACUUUGUUGUUGGAGACUACUUUUUAGGAGAAUCAAAAGGGGAGAAAAAGUAAAAAAAAAAAGAGACAAGAGGAAGAAAGAAUUAUACGCGCUAGAUAAAAUAAAAAGAAGAAAAAAAAAGAGAUAGGCACUGUGAGAUAGCUCGAGUACGACCGAAGCUUGGCACGACAGAUAUAUGUAUAUAAGUGAAUGUGUAGAUUCCGUCCAGCCCAGUUUUCGUAUUGUUAUUAUUGUCUCUAGUAUUUUUUUUUUUUUUAAUACGUAUUACGGUAUGCGUUUCUCUACGAGGUGGACGUCGCGAAGCUGCGUCUCUCCACGCGCGACUUUGAGCGCGCUUCGCGACACCACACUCCGCAAUAUUACUGCCAAUGUUUCGGCAUCCGCAUUCGGGAUGCCGCGCGAUUUUAUAUGCACGACGACCAGCCAAUCGUCGCCGACGAGCGCGCAACGUUUCCGACGCCAGGAUUAAAAUACGUAUGUUAUUAAUUGCCCUAAGUUUUAUGCCGCGCGCGUAACGUCGCUAGUGUAUACGUAUUUAUGUUUAAGGUUUAGAGCUCGUGAACGACUGAUAUACCCCCUCUUCCCCCGAUUAAACUGUGAUUUGAUUGCGCCCGAGGCACUGAGUGCAACGAUCCGUUAACUCGUAAUAUUGUUUGCACGAGUCUCUCACUGGCGGUGGGCGGACAUAGUCAUAUCAUAGUUAGAUAAAAAGAAACAAUGACCUUCGUAGCGAAUUCCAUCGUCACACACACACACACACAUGCAUAAUAAUACAGGGUGAAAAUACGCGGAUCCCUGCCUUUCCGUGAGAAUCCCGUCUCACGUAUGAAUUCAACAGAGAAACGCGCACCAUCGAAAAACAGCGCCUCAAAUUCAAACCGUCCGCGGCUGAGAACUGAGAGAAGAUCCGUGACCUUCGAGAAUUCCCUGCGAACGAACUUGUCGUAAAGGAUGUAUCGCAAAUACUCGAAAAAAAAA